CUGAACUAUUUCCUGAAUAGAAAUGGCGGUUUAAGUUGUGAACUAUAUACUUUUCGAUCUGGCACAUCCAAGAUGUGUCUUAAUAUUAAGCAUGAUUUCCACCUGAGGUGAUUACAGCAGACGAAUAAUGGAAGAAAAUAUUGAUUUUGUUAGAAAGAAUACCAAACACAAAAUGGAGAAAUAAACAGUAUACUAUUCUGUUAUUAUUAUGUAACAGAACAUUGGACCAAUUCAUGCUUUGAAAAUAUGUGAAAGUAUGUGACAAAACAAUUCAUUGGCUAUGGGAAAAAAGAAUAGUGUGAACAAAAAGUCAGGAAUUUUAAACGUCAUUAGAAAAGGUCUUUUAACAAUGAACGUAGAUGAAAGAUGCCAAGAUGGUCAGGAUCUACUAGAGGCUGCACGGGUUGGAGAUUUAGAAAAAUUAAAAAGGUGUUUAGAAGAUGGAGCAAAUAUAUUCUAUCAAGAUUUGGGUGGUUGUACUGCAUUACAUUAUGCUGCAGGAAGGAAAGAGAACACAAAAGUCGUCCGUUUUUUAGUUACCUGUGGUAUAAAUCCUAAUACACAAAGUAAGCAAGGUAAUACUGCACUGCACGUUGCCGUGAUAUUCCAGAGAACAAAAACCGUACAUUUACUUAUUUCCAGUGCAGUUGAUCUGAAUACACAGGAUGUGGAUGGUUCGACUGCACUUCAUUAUGCUGCUCGGAUCGGAAACACAGAAAUAAUCCAUCUGUUAAUUGUCAGUGGAAUUAAGUGUUGUACACAGGAUAAGAAACGGAGCCCGAGAAGUGGGAUCUAGUACCUACAGAAGAAAACAUCGACAGAUUGGCCCCUUUGAUUGGAAAAAACUCCCUCCCGUUCCUUAUCGAACUUGAAAUGGAUUUUCAGACAUGGGAGCAGAUAAGCCAUAGGCAAAAUGAAAGGGAUUUGGUAAGACUUAACAAGGACAUUUUAGAAGAAUGGAGCACAAAGUUUUGUAAAGGGCAUAGUCUGAAACCAACUUUGAGGUGCAUCGCACAAGCAUU